UAGAGAGACAGCGACAGAACAAGUAGAAGACGGAGGGUGAACAACCAAGUCUACUUUUUUAUAAUCUUUUUGGUCUUAUUGCAUGAGAAUCUUGAUGUUUCUUAUAUAUUGUAGCGGAUACGUCAACAAAUCUGACCUAUAGAGCAGAAACUCUAGAAACAAUCUAAAAAAACAGAGGUUGUGUGAAGAAGAUGAGCAGCAUGUGUGUUCGGGCCGCGCUUGCAGUCCUCCUCCUGUUCAUAGCUACCGUUGAGGCUGAUGAAGGAGGAGUAACAUUCUGGGGAGAAGAAUUCACAAUGACCUGUCCGGAAGAAGGGAAGUUUUUUAAGGAAGGAAAAGAACUAACUGAAGAAAAGCAUAAGCAUACACUCAAGUAUGAUGACAAAGGCUUAUACCACUGUGCCUACGGAGAAAAUAAAUAUUAUUUCUACGUGAGGGGAAAGACUUGUACAAACUGCUUUGAGGUGGACGCAAAUCUGUUUGGGCUGGCCAUUGCUGCAGACGUGGUGGGGACGUUAAUUGUGAUGAUCAUUAUCUACAGGUGCACCAAGAAGAAAAGCUCAGCUGGACCCCUUCAAACUUCCAAAGCAACUGCUCGUAAAGGAGGCCGGGCUCCAGCUGUCCCAUCUCCUGACUAUGAGCCUCUGAACCUUCAAACUCGCUCCCAGGACCCUUACUCUGUGGUGAACCGGAUGGGAUAGAGACAGGUCACCGGACUGGGGCAGGUUGAAGCAGACAUUCACAAAAGACAUGCAUGAACAUCUGUCAUGCUACGGAAGCCGGCAAACGCUGGUUAUCGCUCUCCUGGAUUCAAGCGGUCGCUGAACUCAAAUCAUAGCCAAAUAUAUUCCCAGUUACUCCCAGUAUCGCAUAGCCAGUCACUGUAAUAUGUCCAGGUGUUCUGCCCCAUCAUGAUACAGGUGAAAAUAAUGAAUAAUGUAAUAAUGUAAUAAUGUAAAAAGGUAGGCAGAAAAAAACAUCCUGGUAUGUCUUUCUUUAUAUAUGUUGCCUUAUAGGAUCAAUUACCAACCAAAAAUGUAAAAUAAAAAUGAAUUUAUUAAAUAAUAAUAGGAUAUUACCGAAAUGUAAACACAAAAAGAGUUUAACAAAAGUUUUUGAUGCUACUCUUCCAUGUAUUUAUUGUCAUAAUAAUCCAUGAACUCUUCUAACUGUCUUGUUGUCACCAGGUGUGACUAUUGAGAAUGAGUAAAACGUGAGUUUAAAUGCAGACUUGGCUGACUACUAAACAAAAAAAAGGCGUAAAACUCAAGCAUCAACCUUGUACACUUUGUAAAUACUACUAAAUCAAUCAAACGUAAUACUACUGAAAAGUCCUCACGUCUAUCCCCUUCGUCUAAAGCAAUUGAAUGAAGGGUCACUUGAGUAAAUGUUUUGGAUUUUGGUUAUAAAUGUAAUCUUUAAAGAAAGCGAGCAACAACAAUUCCAAUCGUGUCUAAUGUGCGGAAGCAGAAAUCUAAAGACAAAAUAAAACCAAAACGAUUUGCUUGGUUAGGCAGCUUCAGAGGUUAGCGUGUAAACAGGUUUGACUUUUAAAUAUGCAUUAUAUACCUAGUUUUUAAAUGCUUAUGUUAAUUAAAUGAUAUGUUAAAGCAUUGAGGUGGUAAUGCUGCACUGGACUGCCUUGUAUUCAGAUGUGUUUCAGAUAUUCCGACCGCUCUUGAUUUUUAACAGAAAGGACAAAGAAUACAAUCAAAAUCAAACUAAAUAAUAAACAUAGAAGUGUGUACUGGGUUGCAUUAUUUAGAUACAGGUGUACCUCAUAAAGAAGCCCCUGAGUGUAAAUAUAUGUCUUUAUAUUGUAGGCCUACUUAUCUUUUAAUAUAAACAUAUUAUUUACAAUACUGUAAAAUACAACAACAACAAAUAUGUCUUUUCAAAUAUAGAGAGAGCAAUAUACGUUGUUCUUGUAUAUAAUCUAUGUUUAUGCAAUUAUAUGUUCUGACUAGCAAAUAAUGUUGGUCACACAUGUAAAACGUUGGUGCACAAACUCAUUUUGCUCAUCUAUUCUGCUUUUUUUUUUAAUGUCCCUGCUACUGUAAUUACACUGUACUGUGUCACUAAUAAAUAAUUCACACCCAA